AUGGCUCAAGUCGUUGAAACUAUGCAUAAAGAUUCUUGUAUGUGUUCAAAGUCUGAACUUGACCUGUUUUUUGUUCCACCGACUCAAGUUGAAAUGGAAAAAGGAUUUUGGGAGGACGUUGACCCCAUUACAAGUAUUACUUCCUCAGAUACUAUUGAAUUUCUAUGUGCCGCAAAUUCUGGCGUUUACACUGACUUAGCAAGCAGUUUUCUACACGUUAAAGCAAAGAUUACUACCGCAGCCGGAGGAAAUGUGGGUGCGGGCAUUCAGGUAGCGCCUGUGAAUCUUUGGAUGCAUGCAUUAUUUUCACAAGUAGAGGUGUUCCUGAACAACAAGCUGAUCACACCAUCAAGCACAGCCUAUCCUUACAGAGCUUAUAUCGAAACUGUUCUCAACUUUAGUAAAGAUGCGAAGGAUUCCCAUUUGAUUGACAUCAGCUUUAUUCUAUAA